AAGCGCGCCGCUUUACUCUCCUCACCAUCAUCACCUGCGUCGAUAUCAUGGCCGCCGCUACAGCCUCGGCCUCAUCAUCUCUGCCUCCUCAAACCUAUCCGUCACGACCCGCAGCUCCCCUUAAGUCGACGACGCAACACCGCAUCGCCUUCGCGGAGCUGACGCCGAAUAAUGUUGGGCAGCUGCGCAAGCUCAACUCCGUCCUCUUCCCCGUGAGGUAUAGCGAGACGUUCUACAAGGAUGCGCUGCAUGAGGAUAAGCGCGAGGUGAACAAGCUUGCCUUGUUCAAUGACAUUCCCGUAGGCAACCUGGUAUGCCGCUUCGAGUACCCUUCCUCGUCCUCCUCCACUUUCCGACCAGAAGUCAAGGUCUACAUCAUGACCCUCGGCGUACUUGCUCCCUAUCGACGCCUCGGAAUCGCCCGCUCCCUCGUCAGCAACCUCCUCACCCACCUCUCCCCUGGCAGCGAGGUCACCCUCGAAGACCCGACCGCCCCCGCUCCCAAGGCGCCAGUAGCAGCAGCCAAGUCCCCUCCCUCGAAGGCGGCGGCUGCUCCGACACCGCCGAGGCCGACGAAGAAGUAUCGCGUGGGGUCGGUGUACCUGCAUGUGCAGACGAGUAACGAGGAGGCGAGGGAGUUUUAUAAGAAGCAAGGGUUUGAGGAGGGAGAAACCUUGCCAGAGUACUAUAGGAAGGGUGUAGAGCCGAGGAGUGCAGUGUUGCUCGAAAGAAAGGCGUGACGUGGUGCGCUGAAGGGGCAGAAGAACUUGGUUCAGAGUGGUGGAGAAGAGGCACCGUAGCCGCGGAGCAGGCUUGCGCCAGUGUCGCAUUGUCAUCGAGCUCAGGCUUCAAAUCAAUCACGCAUCAAUCUAUCAGAGUGGGAGCAAUGGUGAUGUUGCAAAAGCGCAU